AUGUCUCUGUCGGAAUUCUAUAACACUCAUAAUGGCUUCAAGACAAGGAUUGUCCUCAACAUCCGAGAUUCCAACCGAUCUGUUGUUGGUGCUGCCGCUUCAGCUCUAUACUUGAUAAAGAAGGAAGUGGUGGCCAUUAUUGGACCAGGGGAUUCAAUGCAAGCACCAUUUUUAAUCAACCUCGGAAACCAAUCUCAAAUUCCCAUAAUUUCAUUCUCUGUGACAAGCCCUUCUCUCGAUUCCCUCCGUAGUCCAUAUUUCAUCAGAGCCACACACGACGACUCGUCUCAAGUUCACGCCAUUAGCGCCAUCAUAGAGUCUUUUCGAUGGAGAGAAGUUGUUACCAUUUACGUAGACAAUGAGUUCGGAGAAGGUAUUCUACCUUACGUUGUCGACGCGUUUCAAGAGAUCAACGUUCGUAUCCGACACCGAAGCGCAAUAUCAUUACAUUCCUCCGAUGAUCAAAUCAAGAAAGAGCUCUACAAACUAAUGACCAUGCCCACUAGGGUUUUCAUCGUGCACAUGUUACCUCCUCUCGGAUCGAGGCUGUUUUCGAUGGCGAAAGAGAUUGGUAUGAUGGAUAAAGGAUAUGCAUGGAUCGUUACAAACGGUAUAGCUGAUUUAAUGAGUUUAAUGGGGGAAUCAAGCUUGGAAGACAUGCAUGGUGUCUUGGGAGUCAAGACAUAUUUCUCAAGAUCAAAAGAGCUAACGUAUCUUGAAGCUCGUUGGCGAAAAACAUUAGGAGGAAAAGAGCUAAACAAUUUUGAAUGUUGGGCUUAUGAUACUGCCACAGCACUUGCACUGUCAGUCGAAGAAAUCAGUAACGUAAGCAUGAGUUUCAACAAGACCAACAACAUUUCAAGAAAUGACAUUGGGACAGAUCUCGAUGGUCUCGGUGUCUCUCUCUCUGGUCCUAAGCUUCUUGAAGCGUUAUCAACGGUGAGUUUCAAAGGCGUUGCCGGGAGAUUUCAGCUGAAAAACGGAAAGCUCGAGGCCACGACUUUCAAGAUAAUCAAUAUAGAGGAAAGCGGAGAAAGAACAGUUGGUUUUUGGAUAUCAAAAGUAGGGCUAGUGAAUAGACUAAGAGCGAAUCAAACAAGCAUGAAAGUUUCACGAAGCUCGCGUCGACUUAGACCAAUCAUAUGGCCCGGAGACACUACUCGUGUGCCUAAAGGUUGGGAAAUCCCAACGAAUGGAAAGAAGCUGAGGAUAGCAGUUCCAAAGAAGGAUGGUUUCACCAACUUUGUGGAGGUAAAAAAAGACGCAAACACUAAUGCUCUAACGGUUUCCGGGUUUUGCAUAGAUGUUUUCGACGCGGUGAUGAGACAAAUGCCAUAUGCUGUCCCUUAUGAGUACGUCUCCUUUGAAGCUCCUGAUGGAAAAUCCGAAGGAAGUUACGACGAAAUGGUUUAUAAAGUGUUUCUUGGAGAGUUUGAUGGAGCAGUAGGUGAUACAACAAUCUUGGCUAACCGGUCUAAUUACGUUGAUUUCGCAUUACCAUACUCAGAGACCGGUAUUGUAUUCGUAGUGCCGGUUAAGGACGAGAGAGAGAAAGGCAAAUGGGUCUUCUUAAGGCCUUUAACAAAAGAGCUCUGGUUUCUCAGUGCUGGUGCUUUUCUCUACAUUGGAUUCAUAGUUUGGAUUUUCGAGCACCAUUCAGAUAAGAAAUUCAGAAAACUUAAGAUCACAGAUCGAAUUUCUAACGUGUUCUACUUCUCAUUUUCAACACUGUUUUUCGCUCACAGGAAGCCAUCAGAGAGCGUUUUCACGAGGGCUCUAGUGGUGGUUUGGUGCUUCGUGGUGCUAAUACUGACUCAGAGCUACACAGCGACACUGACGUCGAUGUUGACUGUUCAAGAGCUUCGACCAACCGUGAAACACAUGGAUGAUCUGUUGAAAAGCAGCGGGAACGUCGGGUAUCAGAAGGGUUCGUUUACGCUCGAGAAGCUAAAACAACUGGGUUUCAAAGAAUCGAGGCUGAAGAUUUAUAAUUCACCUCAAGAAAUGCGUGAGCUUUUUCUUAACGAGAGCAGCGAUGGUGGUAUUGUUGCUGCAUACGAUGAAGUCGCUUACGUCAAGCUGUUCAUGACUAAAUAUUGUUCCGAAUAUUCCAUUAUCGAGCCUAAGUUUAAGGCCGAUGGCUUUGGCUUUGCUUUUCCAUUGGGAUCUCCGUUGGUGCCAGAUAUAUCAAGACAGAUCUUGAACAUAACAGAGGGAAAGACCUUGACGGCUAUUGAGAACAAGUGGUUGGUUGGAGAAAAGCAUUGUCUGGAGUCGACCACGUCGGAUUCUCCGAUCAGGCUCGAUCACCACAGCUUUCACGCUUUGUUUCUAAUCGUCUUUGUUGUCUCUCUGCUUCUACUCUUGCUCAUGCUGAUUUAUAGAAGGUACCGAGAAAUACCAGGCGACGGAGAUGGUCAAAACCGUGGCGAUGAUCCUGACGGCCAAGCCAACGCACGAGAUGCCCAAAACCGUGGCGAGGAAGUCAAUGAUGGAGCAGAUAAUAGUGUGCAUCAUAUUGUGGAAGUUGAUAAAGAAGGCAGUGCUGGAGGUGGAGAUGAAGAAGAUCAUAUGAUGGGAGUCGAUGCAGAAGGUCAUGUUGGAGGUGGAGAUGAAGCAGAUGAUAUUGUUGAAGUCAAUGAACAAGGUAAUGUUGGAGGUGGAGGUGGAAAUGAAGCAGAUGAAAUUGUGGAAGUCAAUGAACAAGGUAAUGUUGGAGAUGGAGAUGAAGCAAUCGUGAAAGUCACCGAACUAGUGCAACUACGAAGGAAACAGUCGCCAGCAAGCUUACUGCGCCGUCGUAGUAACAAACACAUCCCUGUCGAGGUUGAAUAA